AUGUUAUCAAAGCAUAUGAGCGAAAAUGUUGAUCGUGAUGAGAACGUUGUGCUUGUGGCCCAUGGCUUUGGGAUCGCCGCGAUGGUCCCGUAUUUCAAGAAGCUAGUCUAUAGCUACAAUACUUCAGUUUCUCGCGCGAGACGAGUGCAUCUGGUCUGGCAGGUCAAGACUAUUGGACCUCUGACAGUAUCAGAUAUCCCGAUCGCCAUGCAACCCAUCCUGAAUAGUCUUCUUGACGGUGACGUCUUGAAGAAGCGUUAUAUUUUGACCAUUUUGAUUUAUGUGGCAUCGGGUACUGUACCAUUAUCGGAGAUGUCAUGA